AUGCCCCUGGACUACGGUUUCGUCUUCUAUCCCGAGGCCGGCGGACGCGCCGGUAGGGGCGCGCUCGUGCGCCCCUUUGAUGUCAUCCCAGUGACGAGUCACUCCAUCGGAGAAGCGGUCGCAGCCCUGAAAGUGGUGACAGGCACGCCCCGCGACGCCCCCCUUAAAAUCAUCCUGUCUACGCAGGCCCUGGCAAAAGACAUGACGGAACGCCUCCAACGAUGGGAGGACAGAGGCUGGAUUGGAAUCGCAGGGAGCCAGGUUCUGAGGGCUUUGGUGAACAAACUCCGCCAGCGAUGCGCGCCGACCAUUUUCGGUAAAGCCUCUAACAGCGCUGAGUAUACGAUACGGAACAAUGCCUGCGACCUGGCUAAAGAGCAGUUCCUAGCCCAGACAACCACCAUGAUCCGCCUGUCAAUCGACAAGGCCUUCGACCUGACAGGCGCGAAGCUGUCGACGCUUACCCAGGCAAUAGCGUACAGAGGAAUACGGGACCGACUCCGGGUGCAGGACCGCCCACGAACAGCCGGACAGGUUCAGCGGACAACUGACAACUCGAAGGGGCCCGGGCUGCGCGCCGCGACGACGGCAGAACUGUGGACGAGCAUACGACAUAAAGACUUCCAUAGGAAGAUUGUUGACUUCCUCUGGAAAGGCAUGCAUGAAGCCCACAAGAUUGGCCCCUUCUGGGCACACAUAUCGGGCUACGAAGAGAGAGCCGACUGCCCAACGUGCGGGUGCAGAGAAACUUUGAGACACAUUCUAACUGAAUGUACUGCCACGGGCCAGGCUUUGAUCUGGAAACUCACCCAAAACGCAUGGAGGAGAAGAUCCAAGACAUGGCGGACACCGUCCCUGGAGGACGCCCUGGCAGCAGGCCUAGGCCGCUACCCUCGAGGAGUAGGCGAAAAGCCGAGAGAACCCCUCGCUCGCCUAUGGAGGAUCCUGGUGUCGGAGGCAGCGUACCUCAUCUGGAAACUACGCUGUGAGCGAGUGAUCGGACAUGAGGAUGACCCAGAGUGGCAACACUCCCCUACCGCUACAAUACAGCGAUGGUACGCCUCUCUGAAUAGAAGGCUACAGCUCGACCUGGUGGCGACCAGGAGGAGCUUCGGACGGCUAACAGUCUCGAGACGACUCGUUUGGUCCACAUGGACAGCGAUAGUCGGUGACGAACUUGGCCUACCGGAAGACUGGACUUUAGUCCCGCGGGUUUUAGUGGGUAUUGACCCGGAAGUAUGUAGGAUCGAGGAAGAUCCCGGGUAACUGAGCCCCACACUGGCCGUAAGAGCCGUGCGUAAAUUAGCAUUUUUCCCUGGUAAGCAUUAGCGGGCGCAGCCCGCACGCUGGCUGGACCAAUGGGGACGACCUAUUGUCGCCUGCCAAGGUUCAUAUAAGCCAUCCAAAAAAAAAAAAAAAAA